CCCUCGGCAACAGACCACUCAGAGCUGGUGAUUACUUCAGUCCAUUUCCAUACCUGCAUUUCAAUGGACAACAUGAAAUGGCUGCGUUUCUCAACAGAUCCUCACACGGGAACAUUACCGCCAAUGUGUCAGCGAGUGACCCGCCAGAUGACGGGAACACGCCCAUCCUGAUUGGCUGCCUGGUCACCAUCAUCCUGCUGUUAGUCAUCAUCAUCGUCCUCAUCCUCUGGUGCCAAUAUGUCUGCAAGGUGCUGGAGAAGGCUCCACGUCGGAUCCUGGACGAGGAGGUGACCGUCAGGCUGUCGUCCUGCAGUGACACCAUCAUCCUGCAGACCCCCCCUGUGCCCCCUCGCUCAGGCCACGCCCCCACAGAAUUUGAGGAAAGGUAG